UUCAUCUUCAGAUAUAGCUCCGUCAUUUCUGACAGAAUUGCCGGGUCUCGUUGUGCGCCCUCAACGUUCUGGCCUCAGCUUCAAUUUCCGCGGACGCAGCAGGAAAACACCUCAUCCCCUGAGCUAGCAGUGUUGCCAGGAGCUCGCAUAGCAGCAGCAAUAGCUUGCACUUCCGUAUCUGGACUCACGCGAACACGGCAUUCACUCCCGCGGGAUAAUCAUCCGACCCCCUGCCCUCUCUCAUCUCUCGUCUCGCCACCUUUCCAGCAGACGCGAUGCUGCCGAGUCGAAUUGGAGGCCAGCCCCUGCGCAUGGCCGCGUCUCGACCCCGGGUUGGUCACCGGCCGUCCUCCCUGACCUUCUCUCCGGCUCGUCGCCCAAAUACUGGAGGGAGCCGCUCAGUUUCUUCCUCCUCCUCCUCAUCCGCCAAUCCUUCUGGCACAGCUAAAGUCAAGAUUCCUCCUCGUUUGCCCGGCAUGGCUGAAGACGACCACGAUGUCGAGAAAUACCUGCGCGAAAACCACCAGCGCCUCUUUGAGAACAACAAGAAAUGGGCCGCUGACCGGCUGCAGCAAGACCCAGAGUUCUUUACUCGUCUGGCUGCUGGCCAGUCGCCCGAGUAUCUCUGGGUCGGAUGCAGUGACUCCCGCAUUCCAGCUGAGCAAAUCACUGGCCUUGAGGCUGGCGAGGCCUUUGUCCACCGAAACAUCGCCAACAUGGUCAUCAGCACCGAUCUCAACGUCAUGAGCGUCAUCAACUAUGCUGUGAACCACCUCAAGGUCAAGCACAUUGUUGUCUGCGGCCACUACGGCUGCGGUGGUGUCAAGGCUGCCAUGACACCCAAAGACAUGGGCCUGCUCAACCCCUGGCUGCGAAACAUUCGCGACGUCUACAGAAUCUACGAGAAGGAGCUGGACUCCAUCGCCGACGAGCACCAGCGAUACAACCGCCUGGUAGAGCUCAACGUCAUCGAGCAGUGCCGUAACAUCGUCAAGACUGCAGAUGUGCAGCACUCAUUUGAAACGAACCGAUUCCCCAUCAUCCACGGCUGGGUCUUCAACUUUGAAGACGGCUCAAUCAAGGACUUGAAGGUCGACAUGAAGCAGAUGCUGGGUGGCAUUCAGAAGAUUUACAACUUGACCGAUUAAUACAGUUUCAGCCUGUAUUGUCACCUUACCCCUCUUUGUAACCGUCUCUUUACAAUGUUUCGUGCUUUUGAAUAAUAACUCUAGAUAGCUUGGGCAUCCCUAGAGAUGUCGAGGUGGAAUGAUAUUAAUUGUUACUCUGAUUACUCUGACUCACUAUACUGCUCUUGAACAGCAAUGCCGCUACAAUAGAAUGGUGUUGGGCGUAAUUAUGUCUUGAAUAUAGAGUCAUUUGCCCUGUGCACCUGCAC